AUGUCAGAAAUUGAAACAUUGAUUGCUGGAAAAACUUUGCUCUUGGAUACCGAUGCCGGUAUUGAUGAUGCUCAUGCUCUAAUGGUUGCAUUAACUCAUGAUAAUUGCCGUGAGAUUGUUGGUAUUACAUGUACUUACGGCAACUGUUUAGUCGAUCAAGUUGUUAAAAAUGUUAGCUAUAUUUUAGAGUGGUAUGAUCGAAAGAUUCCAGUAUAUAAAGGAGCACAAGCAUCCCUAAUGCGGACAUACGAAGAUUUAGCUUUUCAUGGCCUUGAUGGUCUUGGCGAUAUUGAAUAUCGUUGUGAUAACAAGGAAUGGAUAGAUAGUUUGUUGCAAUCAGAGCAUGCCGCAAUAGCUAUGAUUAAUUUAAGUAAAAAAUACGAAAAAGAAAUCACUUUAGUAGCUAUUGGACCAUUGACGAAUCUUGCAUUAGCAUGCAGGAUUGAUGGGAAUUUCCCUUCAAGACUGAAGGAAUUGAUUGUUAUGGGAGGUAGCCAUACAGCUAUGGGUAACGCUACAUCAACGGGAGAAUUUAACUUUGUCGUCGAUCCGGAGGCGGCUGCCAUAGUUUUAGAUGAAUUUCCAAAAUCCUGUCCCGUUAAGAUUGUACCUUUAGAAGUUACUCAUGCUUGUAGCAUCGAAUGGGAUUGGAUGUACGACACAUGGCUUAAACAAGAUUCCCCAAAAGCUACAUUGAAUCGAGAUAUGACGAAAAACCUACUGAAAAAAAUUAAAUCUGGGAUACCGGAGGGUUAUCCAGCCUGGGAUGUGCUAGCUGUUGCUACGGCCUUGCAACCAAAUUUUAUUCGUGAUAGUUUCAAGACCUUUAUGACCGUGGAACUUCAUGGCAGCAGGACGAGAGGACAAGCUGUUAUAGAUCGAAGGAUGAAAUGUGAUUACCCAGUUGAAGUAAUUACAAAAAUUGAUAGGGAAUUGCUACGAGAAAUGUUAUAUAAAUCGACCAUGUCAAUGGAAAGUCAUGUUAGCUCAUAG